AUGAAGUUUUUCUUCCCUUCCCUGUUAUUAUUGCCCCUUGCCUUCGCGCGCCACCUUUCUCCGGCUGCUCAGCGGGUUACUCACCAUGACGCCGAUCUACUCUCAGAGUAUGAUUAUGUUGUUGUCGGAGGCGGGGUUAGCGGACUAACUGUCGCAAAUCGUCUCACGGAGGACAGUAACACAACCGUGCUAGUAAUCGAAGCAGGCAAAAUCGACGACUACUCAAAAGACAUCCAGUACCCCCGGUUCGCGCGGACAGUGGCUGCGAACUACAGCUGGCCGAUUACCUCGUUGCCAACCGCCGGGCUGAACAAUCGUACUGCAUCUGUCGUAGUAGCGCGAAUUCUCGGCGGUGGCAGCGCAAUUAAUGGGAUGGCUUUUAUGCGUGGUUCGCCCGGUGAUUAUGAUCUCUGGGCUGAACUUAUUGGGGAUAAGAGCUGGGGUUGGGAUGGGCUUUUACCCUACUUUAAGAAGAGCGAGGCAUUUACGCCUCCAACCGAUGAUCAGCAGAGCCAACACGGGAUUUCGUUUGACAUAGAUGCACGGGGGACAAAUGGGCCUAUCCAGACUUCUUUCCCUCCGUUUAUCACGAGUACAGGAAAAGUAUUUCUGGCCGCUCUAAGACAGCUUGGUAUCCCAACCCAGAUUGACGGUGCAGCAAAUGCGCUGGGUGGGUACUGGAGUCCAAAUAACCUGGACCCAGUGACAACAGAAAGGUCCUACGCCCGGACAGGAUACCAUGAUAGUGCGAAUAUUCGGUCGAAUUAUCAUGUCCUUCCAGAGGCCCUGGUGACGAAGCUGACUCCAGAUCUAACGGGUGUUGAGUAUAUACCAGAAUACAACACAGCCCUAAACUCUACACCACCGGAUAUAAAGAUAAAGACGGUGCGAGCGCGAAAGGAGAUUAUAAUGGCCGCCGGCGCGAUUCACACACCAAAGAUCCUACAUCUAUCAGGUGUUGGCUCGUCGUCUGUUCUCCGCUCCCUCGGAAUUGACCAAAUACUUGACGUUCCUGGCGUUGGCGAGAAUCUCCAAGACCAUGCAACAAUGUACGGCUCCGCGGCCUUCACAAACCUCAGUGAUCCAACACAGGAUCCAGUCUAUAUAUGGAACAACGCCACCUACGAUGCUGAGAUGGGCCUGCUGUACGAGGCCAACCGCACAGGGCCAUGGACUGUAGGAACGGAGAAUACAUUUUCUUUUUUAACAGCAAAGCAUCUCAACUUCUCUGUUUCGCAUUUUGCACACGCAGCCGGCCAGCCUGCAAGAUAUCUUCGUUCAGGCCUUGACCCGAGCAUCAUCCGCGGUUACGAAAAGUCGCAGAACCUACUCCUGAAAUACAUGACAGACAACAAAGUGGCCCUAUCUGAGAACCUCCUCAUCGCAAUCAUCAGCCUGCAAAAACCACUAAGCCGGGGAUCUGUUCACGCCGCGUCAACAGAUCCCUAUACUAUGCCACACGUCAGUUACCGUACCUUCAGUAACCCGCUUGACCUAGAAAUGCUAGCUCAGGCCGUGCGGCUACAUACAGACCUUCUUCCCCAGACACCAGCACUACAGUCAAUUGGCGCCGUGUUGGAAUUUCCUACGCCAGGAUUAACCGAUACUGAACUCCUGGACACGAUUAAAGAAUCAGCAGACCCAAGCUUCUACCACCCUGUUGGGACCUGUGCAAUGUUGAAGUUCGGCGACGGAGGGUGCGUGGAUAGCCAGUUACGGCUUUAUGGCUCAAGAGGAAGGGUGCGCAUUGUUGACGCCUCGAUAUUUCCUAUUAUCCCGUCGGCUCAUACCCAGAGUACCGUUUACGCUGUUGCGGAGAAGGUGGCCGAUUUGAUAAGGGGGAUACAUACAGUGCCACAUUGA